CCCACUGCAAACGGGUAAGAGAGAAAAAGGAAAAAAAAAUGAUAAAAAGAAAAUAAAACAGAGAAUAACCUUCCAACUGCAAGACACUCGCUUACUUUCCAAGCUCUCUCUCUCUCUUUCUCUCUCUCUCUUUCUCUUUCGAAUCGAUUUCUAGGGUUUGCAGGCCGGAAGUUUAGGGCUAGGGUUUGUGGAGAUGACGACGAUGGAGAGUUUGAUCGGUCUCGUGAACAGGAUCCAGAGAGCCUGUACGGUCCUCGGAGACUACGGUGGCGACAACGCCCUGCCAACUCUCUGGGAAGCCCUUCCGUCCGUUGCCGUCGUCGGUGGACAGAGUUCUGGGAAAUCAUCGGUUUUGGAGAGCAUCGUUGGGCGGGAUUUUCUUCCCAGGGGAUCUGGUUGGAGUUCUGAAUUUUUCAUUCUUUUGCUUUUAUUUUUUCUUUUUUUGAGUUUUUUCUACGGUGGAUCUUGUGGUUUUCUUGUAGGGAUUGUCACACGGAGGCCGUUGGUUCUGCAGCUGCACAAGACGGACGAAGGACAGCCCGAGUAUGCCGAGUUUCUUCACUUGCCAAAGAGGAGAUUUUCAGACUUCGCCAUUGUGCGCAAGGAAAUUCAAGAUGAGACUGAUAGAAUGACAGGGAGAUCUAAACAGAUAUCUCCAAUUCCUAUUCAUCUCAGCAUAUAUUCUCCAAAUGUUGUCAACCUAACAUUGAUUGAUCUACCUGGAUUGACAAAAGUUGCUGUAGAGGGACAGCCGGAUAGUAUUGUUCAAGACAUUGAGAACAUGGUCCGCUCUUAUGUCGAGAAGCCUAACUGCAUUAUUCUAGCAAUAUCUCCUGCCAAUCAAGAUAUAGCUACAUCAGAUGCUAUCAAGCUUGCUAGAGAAGUGGACCCCUCUGGUGAGAGGACAUUUGGGGUCUUGACAAAAUUAGAUCUGAUGGAUAAGGGGACAAAUGCACUGGAUGUUCUUGAAGGAAGGUCUUACCGGCUGCAACACCCUUGGGUUGGAAUUGUUAAUCGUUCACAAGCUGAUAUCAACAAGAAUGUUGACAUGAUUGCUGCUAGGAGAAAAGAGCGAGAGUACUUCGCGACAAGUACUGACUAUGGACACUUGUCUAGUAAAAUGGGAUCAGAAUAUCUUGCAAAACUUCUCUCUAGGCACUUGGAAUCCGUUAUUAAGGCUCGUAUACCAAGUAUCACGUCCUUAAUAAACAAAAGCAUCGAUGAGCUUGAAUCAGAGAUGGAUCAUCUUGGCAGGCCCAUUGCUGUUGAUGCUGGAGCUCAACUAUAUACUAUUCUAGAACUCUGUCGUGCAUUUGACCGAAUAUUUAAAGAGCAUCUCGAAGGAGGGCGGCCUGGUGGUGAUCGGAUAUAUGGGGUUUUUGACAACCAACUCCCUGCUGCUUUGAAGAAGCUUCCAUUUGAUCGGCAUCUCUCUAUGCAGAACGUGAGGAAAGUGGUUUCAGAAGCAGAUGGUUAUCAGCCCCAUCUGAUUGCUCCUGAGCAAGGGUAUCGGCGUCUGAUUGAUGGUGCUCUCAAUUAUUUCAAGGGCCCAGCUGAAGCUUCAGUGGAUGCUGUUCACUUUGUUUUGAAAGACCUUGUUCGGAAGUCAAUAGGAGAAACUCAGGAGUUGAAGCGGUUUCCUACAUUCCAAGCUGAAUUGGCAGCUGCUGCAAAUGAGGCUUUAGAAAGAUUUCGUGAUGAUGGCCGCAAGACAACCUUGCGAUUGGUAGAAAUGGAGUCAUCAUAUCUAACUGUGGAUUUCUUCAGAAAGCUCCCACAGGAAGUGGAGAAGGGAGGGAACCCUACGACAGCCUCUGCCGCCGCUGAUCGAUACACAGAUAUGCAUUUCCGGAGGAUAGGGUCAAAUGUGUCUUCAUAUGUCGGGAUGGUAUCGGAUACGCUGAGGAACACCAUUCCAAAGGCCGUUGUUUAUUGUCAAGUCCGAGAGGCCAAACGAUCAUUACUCACCAACUUCUACACCCAACUGGGGAAGAAAGAGGGCAAGCAGCUGUCACAAUUGCUAGACGAGGACCCGGCAUUGAUGGAGCGCCGACAGCAAUGUGCCAGGAGGCUCGAAUUGUACAAGUCGGCGAGGGAUGAAAUUGAUUCUGUAGCUUGGGUUAGAUGAGAUGGAUGCAUAUACAUAUAGAAAUGUGGAUUUGCCAUUGCUGCGAGUGAUGGCUGACUUUUAUUCUUGGAUCAUAUGUUUUCGGCUGUGUAAUUUACUUGUCUCGUUUUCUUCUAUUUUUCUUCACAGAGUGAGUUAAUGUC